CCGUGAGGGGAUGGAGGGCGGCGGCGGGGCCGCAGCAGCGCCCGAUGCGGGACCGGGCCCCGGACCGGGCCCGGAGCCGGAGCCUGGGACCGGGCUAGCCCUGGGGGCGGUGACGGGUGCCCCCCUCGGCUACCUGCACGUCCUGUGGCAGCGGGAGGAGCCCGCGGGCAAGAUCCCGGCCCGCCGCUUGCGUAGGGCCGCCCGCCUCCACCGUAGGCUGGGGCCUACGGGCAAGGAGAGCCACGCUCUGAAAAGGCUGCGUGAAGCUGCCAAUAGCAACGACUUGGACACAGUGCAGCAACUCUUGGAGGAUGGAACUGACCCCUGUGCUGCCGACGACAAAGGCCGGACAGCCCUGCACUUUGCAUCCUGCAAUGGCAACGAUCACAUUGUGCAACUGCUUCUGGACCAUGGGGCUGACCCAAACCAGAGAGAUGGGCUGGGAAACACCCCCUUACAUUUGGCUGCCUGCACGAACCACGUUCCUGUCAUCACCACGCUGCUGCGCGGAGGGGCUAGAGUCGAUGCCUUGGAUCGAGCUGGCAGAACCCCGCUGCACCUCGCUAAAUCAAAGCUAAACAUCCUGCAGGAAGGACUCUCCCACAGCCUGGAGGCUGUACGCCUUGAAGUGAAACAGAUUAUACAGAUGUUGCGGGAAUACCUGGAGCGUCUGGGGAGGCAUGAGCAAAAGGAACAGCUGGAUGACCUCUGCUCCAGGUUACAGAUGACUAGCACAAAGGAGCAGGUGGACGAGGUCACAGACCUCCUGGCCAGCUUCACAUCACUCAGCCUGCAGAUGCAGAAGAUGGAGAAGAGGUAAUGGGCUUCCAAAUCAUCUUCCUGAUGCAGCAGGAGAAGCCAUAGAGAGAAGAAGAGGAAGCUGAAGCUUGCUUCCCAGAUCGCUGAAUGAACAUUGCUGCCAGCAGCUGUUCCUGCCAGAUCCACUCUCCUGUGGUGCCCAGACUGUUCCUGUUGGUGCUGCCACAGCUGCCUUAUGGGGAGACAGCGGGCUUUGGACAACAGAGACAACAGAGUGCUGCAGCUGAGACUUUUGGAAAAACAGACCUGCUCUUCUUUUUAUCAGAUGGGCUGGCGCUUAAUAGGAUACCCUUCCAGAGAUAUUUUGCCUUCUCCUAAGCACUUCAGCUCAAUGUAGGUGGUGGCUGAUGCCAUGUGCAGUCACUAGCCCUGACUAUUGCACUCAGCAGCUGGCCAACAUCACAGAAAUGCUUGGAACAGGCACCUUUUGCCACCACCGCAGUACUCAGUUGCACGGGGGAGAAAGUACAUGCCUCAGACAACAGAAGGCUUUGUGCUGUGAAAAGAACACACACUUAAUUCUGCAUGCUAGCAGCUGAGCAAACAUAUGGUCUUGAGAAACAUGCACCGAGGCUUAAUCCUAACCUUCCCCAGAGCCUGUGGUCAGAGGGCAGAGAAUCGGACUGGUUACAAAUGGGAUACAAAGCUUUUAAUCAUUAGACUAACAGCUUUCACUGGCCCUGGUUUUUAAAUCACUGCUGCAAGUUAGUGCUUAAAUACUACAGUGAAACACUUGCAAAAAAAUACCCAGGUAGACAGCUAGCAGGUCAGGGCUGCCCUGAUGCAAGAUUAACGUUUUUGGGGGGGUGACUUAAUGCUAGCACAGUUUUAGGCAGACAUUUACAUCUUGGAAAACAAACAAACAAACAAACAAAACAACAAAAAACCAAACCACCAUAACUGACUUUUGUGUUUCCUACUAGUGGCAGUCUCAGGCAAGAGGUCCAGUUGCAGCAGGAGGUGUUGUGUAUUCAGCUGUAUUAUUGAGCUGGGCUGGAGGUGGAUUUACAGCUGCCUCAGCAGCACCAAACCCAGAGCUCACCCAUACUGUGUUUCUUGCUUGUCAUGGAGAGGUGCUGCUCCAGGACCUUAAGUGCAGUGCAAAGAAUGAGUUAUGACCUCUGCUGGGAGCCCGAAGUGAUGCAGCUAUGAAGGAUGCAGGGAAUUGCCUUUGCUAAUCUUUUGCUUCUGCCCCACUGUGGUUAGUAAUGAAACUGUAGAUAGCUUUGUUUUGGAGCAGGUUUCCAUAAAUUUUGUAGGUAGGGUGUGAAUAGCAGCAAGGUGACAAGAACAUGUCCAAUAGCAAUCUGAGUUCCCACCUGUGUACCACACCUAAAUGACACAGUGUGCUGGUAGUGACACCCAUCCCACAGCUUGGGAAUCACUGGUUUGGAAGUGUUCUCUUAGGAUUCAGCUUAACCGUGCAACAGCCACAGUCUGGAGCAUUCUUCAGAGACCUUCAGGUCAGCAUGUUCUCUAAUAUCUGGCCUCUUGUCCAGGAAGAGGCAAACUGGACCUCCCAAGCUGAGAUACCAGAAAUACACACAGCUUUUAGAUGGGUUCAUCCAUGGGGUGCUGGAGGCUAUGACUGGGACUAACGGUCUUGUGGUUUGGCUGGAGCUGUCACUGUGAAUACUGAUACUUCAUUACGAUAUGCUGGAUGGAAAGGAUAC